AUGGAAGCCGGCAUGGACCUCCUCCACCACUCGGGCAUCCAAGCCACACACUACCUCCAGGCAAGCUACCCGGGGUCCCAGGACUGGUUCCUCUUUGUCUCCUUUGCUGCCGACCUCCGAAACACCUUCUUCAUCCUCUUCCCCAUCUGGUUCCACCUCUGCGAAGCCGUGGGCGUCAAGCUCAUCUGGGUGGCUGUGAUUGGCGACUGGCUGAAUCUUGUCUUCAAGUGGAUCUUAUUUGGACAGAGGCCCUACUGGUGGGUGCACGAGACCGGCUUCUACCACAACACCUCAGCCCCUUCGAUCCAGCAGUUCCCUGUGACCUGUGAGACCGGCCCAGGAAGCCCCUCUGGACACGCAAUGGGUUCUGCUGGUGUGUACUAUGUGACGAUCACAGCCAUUCUCUCCAUCACCCUGGGGAACAAACAACCGUCCUGGAAACACCACUUCCUGCGGUUGGUCUUGUGGGCUGCCUUCUGGGCCAUCCAGGUCUGCGUCUGCCUCUCUCGCGUCUUCCUGGCCGCCCACUUCCCUCACCAGGUCGUCGCUGGCGUCAUCUCAGGCAUGUUGGUGGCCGAGUCCUUCCAGCGUGUCCGCUCCAUCUACGACGCCAGCCUGCAGAGAUACGUGGCCACGACUUUUGCCCUGGGCUUCUACCUGCUGCUCAAGCUCCUGGGCGUGGACCUCCUGUGGACCCUGGAGAAGGCCAAGCGGUGGUGUGAGAACCCAGAGUGGGUCCACCUGGACACCACGCCCUUUGCCGGCCUCCUGCGCAACCUGGGCGUCCUCUUUGGGCUCGGCCUGGCGCUCAACUCCCCGAUGUACCUGGAGAGCUGCAGGGGGAAGCUGGGGCAGCGGCUGAGCUUCCGGCUGAGCUGCGUGGGCGCUUCCCUCCUGACCUUGCACCUCUUCGACUCUUUCAAGCCUCCGGCCAAGGUGGAGCUCCUGUUCUACCUGCUCUCUUUCUGCAAGAGCGCUGCUGUGCCCCUGGCGGCCGCCGCCCUCGUCCCGUACUGUGUCUCCCAGCUGCUCAGCCAGAAGGAGAAGAAGGACGCAUAG